AUGCCGCUUUGUGGAGGGUCUAAGAACGUGCAGCGCAAGCUGGUCCUGCUUGGCGAUGGUGCAUGCGGCAAGACUUCACUGUUGAACGUCUUUACGAGAGGCUACUUCCCGACUGUCUACGAGCCUACCGUCUUUGAAAACUACGUCCACGACAUCUUCAUUGACAAUGUUCACAUUGAAUUGUCUCUUUGGGACACGGCCGGACAAGAAGAAUUUGAUCGGUUACGAAGUCUUUCUUACGACAACACCGACGUCGUGGUGCUUUGCUUCAGUGUCGACAGCAAGGACUCGUUAGAAAACGUAGAGAGCAAAUGGGUCGGGGAGAUCCAGGAGAACUGCCCCGGCGUGAAGCUUGUACUGGUCGCCCUCAAGUGCGAUCUGCGUGAGAACGGAGAAGAGGAUGAGGAGGCUCCGGCGCCUGCCCCCGAUGGCGCACAACGCGAAAAGAAGCCCAUGAUUACCUACGACCAAGGUCUAGAAGUUGCCCGGCGGAUCAAGGCCCUGCGCUAUCUUGAAUGCUCCGCCAUGAGGAAUCGUGGUGUCAACGAGGCUUUCACCGAGGCUGCUCGAGUCGCCCUGAGUGUGAAACCGUCGGGUGAGGGUGAUUCAAAAUGCUGCAUCAUGUAA